AUUAAUAGAGAAAAAAGUUAGUGUAGUAGUAGUAGCAGUAAGGUUGGUUCACAUCGUCGUGAAAAGAAAAAGAAACAAAUUAAAGUGGUUUUUUUUAAAGUGGAAGAACACAGCGUACCUUUUCUCUGCAGUUAUGGGUUUUGCCGCUCUCUGUUUUCCCAUUCCCACCAUCAAACUCUCUCACAACUACUAACUCUUUCUCUUCUCUUUUUCGUAAUCAAAAUUCAAUUCAGCUCAAUGGGUUAUCUCUCUUGCAAUGCCGACUCUGCAAUCGCCACCUGUGACCCUAACUACUGCCAUUUCAAGAACCGCAAAACCAACAACCUCCUUCAAAUCCGCCACUUCCCUUACUCCGACAUCCUCGCCGCAACUAAAACCUUCUCCGCCGAUACCUUCCUCGGCAAAGGCAGCCACGGCAGCGUCUACAAAGCCACACUCGACGGCGGCAAGCUCAUCGCCGCCGUCAAGAAAACUAAGCACGCCAAACCAUCAUCACGCCGUCACCAAAGUACCGCUGCAGCAUCUUGCACCGGUUGCGGCAACUGCACCAGCCCGGCGGAGAACGAGAUCGAGAUCCUCUCUCGCGUCUUUAGCCCCCGCCGGCUAGUGAACCUCAUCGGAUUCUGCACCGAUCCAAGCAACGGCGGCAAGCUCAUCGUCGUCGAGUACAUGCCGAACGGCUCCCUCCACGACCUCCUACACUCGCCGGUCCGACCGCCCGGUUGGACCGCACGCGUCCGGCUCGCACUUCAAAUCGCGAAGGCGGUUCACGCGCUUCACACAUCAAACCCUCCGGUGAUCCACAGAGACAUUAAAUCUUCCAACGUUCUCAUCGACGGAGCGUGGAACGCGAGGCUCGGAGACUUUGGGCUCGCGCUGAGAGGACACGUGGAGGACGUGCGCGUGAAGUGCACACCGCCAGCUGGCACGUUAGGGUACCUUGAUCCUUGCUAUCUUGCGCCCGAGGAUCUGAGCGCUAAGAGCGACGUCUUCAGCUUCGGGAUCUUGCUGUUAGAGAUUCUCAGCGGCAGGAACGCCAUCGACGUGAACUUCAGUCCGCCAUCGGUGGUCGACUGGGCAGUGCCGUUGAUUAAGAGAGGAGAGUUCGCCGUCAUUUGCGACAGGCGAAUCGGAGCGCCGUCGGAUAAAGAGGUGGUUCGAAUGGUGGCGGUGAUGGCGGCCAUGUGCGUGAGGUCCACGGCGGAGAAGAGGCCGUCGAUGGAGGAGGUUGUGCAGUGCUUGAAGAUUGCAAGGAAGAGAAUGCGCGCGGUGCCGAUAUGGAGUGGAUUGAGGUGGCGCGUGAGGCGCGUGGAAAGUGAGAAACGGUUAGAAUGGGAAGCGCGUGAGUGUGACAGUUAUUACGAUAGGAGUGAGGAGGAGGUAGUGAGAGCGGCGAAGGGUGGUGUGAGUAGAAGGAAGAAAAACAGGAAGGUAUCCAAUGUGACGGGUGCAGAGUAUUAUGGUAGACCCUCAUCCAAUCAUGUAGUGAGGUCAAAGUCAAUUGGUGCGGGUUCUCUGAAAGUAAAUUCGGAUUCGGGAAGUUCGCGGUCGCAACAAAACGGGUCGGGUUUCGUGAGGAGAAGGUCGAAGCUUAACAAGUCUAGGUCCAUGGGGGUGUUGCAAGGUUCUUCUCGUUUAUCAUCACAUUAUUAUGAAAGUGAUCCAAUACAUUCGUUAGAAACGGCAAUGUUGUCUAAGUGGGUCAUUACGGAUAAGUUGGAAAAAAAACUGCUUGAGAAACCGUUAGUUAAUUCUGUUGGAAUUAAUUAAUUUAACUGUGGAUAAUUAGUGAAGGUUUUUGAAUGGUUGCAUUAUUGCAACAAAGCGCAAGCAUGUGGAAUUCCAUGUGUAGGAGCUUCAAGGAUAUAAACCAUUCUUUAGAGUGAUAAGCUCUUCAACAAAAUUCAAGGGCUUAAUGAAUAUUAUUAGAAAUUGUUAUUGUAUUAUCCAAGGUUUUUGGAGGAGGGGGCAGAUGAAUGUUUUACACAAUUCGGACUAGGCCUUGAAGAAGUGUCCAGAUGGGUUGUCUUAACCAUAUUUGUACUAUAAAUUUGUAGCACUUACACAAAUUUUUCUAUCUUAAUCCUUUUUUUUUUCAACUUUAGGUCCCAAAAAAAAAAGGGUUCAACUUAGCUUUGGGAUGGAUAGAAUAUUUGUAAACAUUUAUUGCUUCGCUUGUAGUACAUUUAAUUUUUUUUUUUUUCAGAAAAGAAGAAGAUAGAGAAUAGACAACAAAGGCAUUAAAUGAUUCACAAUUAUCCUGUACUCUUAAAUCUAUGUUAUGUAGAAGUACUUCACAUUUUAUCAAUAAAAAGAUCAAAAUUCAAUACUAGAAA